UCUUACCUGGGCCAGUUCUUACUGUACCCCCAAACUCCCUCUUGACAUUCUCCAGCAUACAUGAUUAGCUAUUCUGGCAAGAGGAAAACCUUAGAAGACGCCGAAGGAGAAGAAGACGUUUUUACACGCAAGCGUGUUCUCCACUGCGACCAUAGUUCAACAAAGGCUUCUGAAGCUAAUGAAUCGGAUUUGCUUACCCUUCUCGAUCUCACCUCCGCUUCUUCCGAAACAGAUAUUCACGAACGUUUCGAGGAAAUUGCUGAAUACCUCUUAUCUAGACGCUUUCAGCUGGUCAUACGUCGCCACGGUCUACUAGAGCCUGACUGCGAAGAAGAGAUUUGCUACGAGUUGUUGGAGAUAGAAUUCUACCUUUGGAAAUCUGGGUGUCAUGAGGACCCUUUCACCCAUGGGAGCGAAGAGCAGAGGAUCAGUGGACAGUGGUACUUCCAUCGCGCUCCAAGAAAAUCGAAUGACUCCUCUCGAAGCCAGACUAGUACCACGGGUUACAGAGGAGGAACUCGAAAAGGCUUGGAUUUGACUCUGGGAGGCCCGGCAGUUGAAUCAUUGAAGCCUCCUGCUGCUACCAACUCGACUUCAUCGCGUUAUUUUACCAAUUUGGACGCUCCUUCAGCCACAGAUGUUUUGAAACCCGGAUCUUCACCUAUGGCCAACCCUCCGGGUCAUGAACUACGAGGAGGGAUCCUUUUACGGAGUAUGAGGCGAGUUGAUGAUGGGAAAAUCAUUUCCGGACCUUCAUUGCUCGUGGAUGAGAUUUUGAAACAGAGUGCACAACACGGGUCUGGAACGUUGACUAUCUCGGAAUUAGUGGGAUGUAAAUGGGGAGGCAACAGAUCUGCUUUUAUCUUCUGUGGACAAGAAGUACCUGCUCCGGAACAAAGAUUACCCGUCAUGUUUCUCAGGCCAGUCAAGUCUAAUGCAAAGGAUGCAGACCCUCCGAUCACACCACCAAUAUAUUCAUCUCCCCGGAUUGGUUUGGAAUUGUCCCAUCCGGGAACCUUGCCUGUCUCCUCACACCCUCGAGUCAGGUAUCUCGAUCGACGAUAUCGAUAUUUUGUCCAUCCCAAUCUACUUACAAAAAACGGACGUGUUCAAACUUUCUUGGGCAUACUUGACGCUGUCAUCUCCGAGUCAUCGUCGUUUGACCCAGGGAUCCCAGGCAGAGCACGCAUACAAACCGUAUCGAAGGAGCGGAUAUCCCAGCUCACAGGUCUGACAGCUGCAUGCGCUACCAAUUAUCUGACAUACUACCUUGAUGGGUACGAUCGAGGGACGCUGGAAAAUUUUGUUGGAACGGCUGGGAAAGGUGCUUCAGCCUCACCUGCAACUUAUCUUCGCAUGAUGGGAACUCUCGUCAAAAUGAUUAACGGUUCAUAGUUAAUCCGAUUCAUUUUCGAUCAUGGGAAUCGAGUUGAAGCUACGUAGUACAACAAUCAAUACAGUUAGCAAUCAGUACGUAUCUGAAUCCAAUCCACAUUUCGUUGUUUGCCUUCCCCCUUCUCUCCCUCCUCCUCCUCCACCACUGUUCACACUUUAUCCAGGACCCCUUGCGGUAAAUACAAGAUUGGCCUAGGUUCGGACGCGAAGAGUUCAGAAGCACCGAUGUAGAACGCUGUCAGUCCUACGAUGAGUAAAAACACUCCCCCGGCUUUCAAGACACUGUAGCCGAAGAGGAUUCCCCCCAUCAGUAAAAUCCUGAAGUCUAAAAAUCAAAAUAUGAUCAUGAGAACCGUACCUAGCGUUCCCGUUGAACUCCGAGAUACCCAACAAGAGAAAAGCAAUGGCGAGGGAUACCAGGAUGACCGUGAACGCGACGUGCCUUCGUAUGACAACAGCCCUAAAAGGCAAACGAACAUGAUUGUGAUCACGAACCAAGUCAUCAGGUAAAUACCCAACGCGUCGUGAAAUUCUUGCUCGUUCGCGAAAGCAGCUUGGAUUCCAGAGGCCGGGAUGUUGAUGGUCGCGUAGGAGAGCCAGAAAGAUCCAAAGCGCCAAAAACAUUUCCACGGGGAAACUCCCACAUCCCGGCUAUGAAUUGUGUAAGUCCACCAGCAAAGAGAGCCAUUCCGACGACGACAUUGGGUGCUUGGACGCCGCGAGCGUGGAGGAAGUAGAGGGAGAGGAUGAAGGCUGUGGCACCCAAGUUGAAUAAUCCGCUGUUGGGGAGGAAAUUUUGAUUGUUUGAAGAGGAAAGAAGGAUGUUAACAAUCGUUCGAAGCUCGGAAUUAUAGUUGAUACCCACGCAGGUCCUGGAUUGGCGAUCUUGGUAGGAUAUCUGGCGUAUGUGACUGGGUCGG